ACCCAACCUUUUGUUGUCACUCCUUUAGUAGCAGACUUUGCUUUCCAUAUGACAAACCUGGAAAUCCAAACAAAACCUAAAAAUGUGUGACUGUCUUCAGUCUGACAUGGCAAAAAGCAAGCUCUCAAUAUGGGAUUCCCGGGGAGCGUCACAGUUACAGAUUGUCCUUCUUGGAGGAAGGAACUGUGGGAAGAACUUCCUGGGGAACCUGAUUCUUGGGAAAGAGGAGUUUGUAACCAAGGAGAGGACUUCUUCUACUCGGAGGCUGGGAGCGGUGUCCGGCCUCUGGCUCACGGUGGUGGACACUCCCGGCUGGUGGUGCGACUCCAGCGCUCAGGACACUUCCAACCUGGUGAAGAGGGAGAUCAUAACCAGCGUCUCCUUGUGCUCACCGGGCCCUCACGCGUUUCUGAUCACAGUGAAGGCGAGCUCGGUCUUCUCAGAGAGGCGUCGGAGAGCCGUGGAGGAGCAUGUGACCCUGCUGGGCGAAGGGGCGUGGGGUCACUGCGUCGUCGUCUUCACCUUCGCUUACAGGUUUCAGCACACACACGCAGAAGAGUGUGUGGAAAGAGGCGGGGCGGCCCUGCGCUGGCUGGCUGAGAAGUGCGGUCAGAGGUGUCACAGCGUCGUCCUGAACGACGGCGCUGAUAUAGCAGAGCUGCUGGUGAAGGUGCAGAAACUCGCUGCAGAAAAUGGAGGCAGAGUGUUUGAGAUGCGGGAAAAGGUUUUGCAGAAAACUGCGGAGGAGAAGAGAGGAGCAGCAGAGAGAGCUGAGCUGAGGUUUUUAAGAAUGAAACGUCAAAGAUCUCUCCUGAGGGAGAAGUCAAGGCCAGUCACUGCCAUCCGCCUGGUGCUGCUCGGAGCGAAGGGUUCAGGAAAGACUUCAGCUCUGAACACCAUCCUGGGCAGAGGACACAGCAGAAAACUCAGCAGAACUGCUCAGUGUUCGGUUGGAGACGCUGUGGUGUUUGGCAGACAGGUGACCGCCGUGGACACUCCGGGCUGGUGGAUGAACUACUUCUGCAAUGAGACUCCCCUCUUCGACCGGAGGGAGAUGGUGCUCAGCUUGUCUCUGUGUCCUCCGGGGCCUCACGUCUUCCUGCUGGCGAUCCGAGUGGACCGAGCCUUCACGGAGACCUACAGGAGAGCAGUGCAAGAACACCUGGAGCUCAUCAGCGAGUGGACCUGGGCUCGCACCAUCCUGCUGUUCACCUUCGGGGACUGGCUGGGCGACACCACCACCGAGAAGUUCAUCGAGAGCGAGGGGGAGCCUUUGCGGUGGCUCGUUGAGAAAUGCUCCAACCGGUACCACGUUCUGAACAAUAAAACCAAAGGAGAUGGAUUCCAAGUCAGAGAACUGAUUGGGAAGAUUGAGGAAGUGAUGACGUGUGGCUGCGAUGGAAGCUGGCAUUACGAAAUAGAGAGGAGAGAGUUGGAAGAAAUGAAGAGGUGGAUGAAGGAAGAGGGAGAGAGAGCCACCGACCGGCUGAGGAGGAAGGAGAAACAAAGACUGGUGGCAAAGUCUGAGCUGGAGAAUCUUGCCCCUCUGCGAGAGCUCAGGAUGAUUCUAGUUGGUGGCAGGAGAGGAGGAAAGAGCUCAUGUGGAAACACAAUCCUCAACAGACACGACUUUCCCACAAACACCCAAACUGUCUCCUGCUGUGAAAACCAGUGCAGAAUCGAAGGAAAGACCGUCUCUGUGCUGGACACUCCUGGACAUUUCCCCGUAACCUCAGAGGUCCUGAGGACUCCUUCGGCCUUCCUGUUGGUCGUCAACGUAAGCUCCUCGUUCACGGCUCUCCACCGGGAAGCCAUGGAGGAGCAGCUGGAUGCUGGUGGGAGCCAGAUCUGGAGCAGAGCCGUGGUGCUGUUCAGCCACGGCGACUGGCUGGGAGACACCAGCGUGGAGCAACGCAUCGAGAGCGAAGGAGAGCCGCUGAGGAGGCUGGUGGAGCGCUGCGGGAACAGGUACCACGUCCUGGACAAUAAGAACCAGGGAGACGCAGCGCAGGUCAGGGAGCUCGUCCAGCUGGUGGAGGAGAUGCUGGCCACAGAGAGGCGGGUUCAUAAAGACGACCCGCUGUGGACACGGGUCAGUUCUGCAGAGGAACAGCAGAAUAAUGCGAUGCUGCGCAGGAGGAAUCUAAGGAAACAGAUGAGAAGAAGAAACCGACUGUCUCUUGACUUGGCUGAAUCUGGAUCUUCCUUGUCUUAUCCAGAGGAGUUAAACCCGACGCAGGUUGUGGCUUUGCCAGCCAGAAGAUUGGGAAGGCAGCCUGGAUUUGUGUUUUCGGAGCACAGCAGCUUGGUGUUCCUGUCUGUGCUCAAGCGGAGCUGGUCAGCGAUAGAGUUACCUCUCAGGUUCCCGUCUCCUCACAGCCUCAUGCUCUCACCCAGGCAGCAAACGAUGCUUCUGGUUUCAUAUCAGAGUCCACCCAGCUUUCCCUCAGAGGAAAACCUAGUUAGCGUCCAUUCUCUCUGCCAUCCGGUUCUGAGAGAGCGCGCUCUCCGCAGGAUGUGCGAGUCCGGCGGCCUGCAGGCUCUGAUCGACCAGUGGGGCAACAGCAGCCUGGAGGAGCUGGAGUCCUUCAUCGACUCGUACUUUGAGAUGGUGUGGGAGCAAACCAUGGGCUCGUUUCAGGCCUCUGAGUCCCAGCCUCCGGCCACCGUGGAGGACGCAGCCGUCAGGGACGCAGGAGGAGAGGAGCUGCUGUUAUCCAUCGACAGGAAGCUGACGAGGCUGGACCUGCUGGAGGAGAUCCGCAGGGAUCUGGCAGAAGUUAAGAGGAAUCUGGAGGGCAACACAUGAACUCAGAGAGCAAAAAUGAAUCACAAACUUAUAAUUAACUCCAUGGAUAUAUAUUACAUCCAUAUGCAGCUCUGAAAAAAGAGACCACUUGAAAUGAUCAAUUUCUCUGAUUUCACUCUUUAUAUGUGCAUGUUUUAGUGAAGUGAACAUUGUUCUUUUAUUCUAUGAACUACUGACAAUUUGUAUGUAAAAUUCCAAAGAAAAUGUUUUUAUUUAUUAGCAGCAAAUGAGAAAAUAAUAAUAAUAAAAAAGAUGCAGCACUUUAAAACCUCAAAUAAUGAAGAGAAAACAAAUUCAUAUUCAUUUAGAAACAACAAUACUGAGGUUUUAACUCAGGAAGAGAUCAGACAUCAAUAUUUGGUGGAAAAACCAGAAUUUUUCAGUUUUUCCAGAGCUGUCCAUUUAAAAAAGUGCGGUUUUUGUCCACAAGAUGGCGCUAUUAUCCAGCGCAAAAUCAGCGGUGGAGAAAGUAUCAAACAGUGUACUUCAGUAAAAGUACAAAUAAACAACCACAUUAACAGUUUUACUUGAGCAACAGUACUUGCUUUUAAAAAUAUUCAAAGUAUAGAAAGUAAAAGUUCUGACUGUAUUUCUUAAUGCAGUGCCUCUGCAUGUAUAUUUUCUUUAAGACAUCAAUAGAGUUGCGCCAUUUUAAUAAACAAUGCUGCAGAUAAUACACACUUUUGUUGGACCUUUAAAGGAUUUUAGUAAACACAUUCAAGCUAAAGGUUCCUGAGUGAAAAAAAUGGCAUUACAACACAGAAACAAAGUACUUUGCUACAUCCCAUAAGAUGGCACAAAAUAUUAGAUAUCAGGGUUCACCCCAGUGUACUGUAAGCCUGGCAGGCCACCAGGCUAAGCAUUGCUUAUUUAUUUAAGUCUUUUUAAAAUGUUUGCAUUUUCAAAAGGCUUUAUAGUUGGUGUUCAAGUAUCAAUCUACCAAUCUUUCAAUGAUGAAUAAUUCUGACGAUACACAAAGCUGUUCACAUUUUCUUUCUUGAGCUUGUUGAGUACGUGUCAAACACAAGGCUCAGGGGCCAAAUCCGGCCCGCCGUAGCUCUUUAUGUGGCCUCCUAGACUCCAGAUUUAUUCAUAAAUAAAACCUUCAAGACAGCAGUUGUGUGCUUAAAUGUCAUUUUAUUAAUUAAAUCAAAGUGUCUUUUAUUUGUUAAUACUUCUAGUUUUAUUACAAUUGUGGAAAUUCACACAAAUUCAACAAAUUGUGUAAUUUUUUGUGCUAAUGAAUAAUUGUGAGUUUACUGAAAAUGUUCCAAAAACAUUCAGAGUUCAGAGUGACGCCAACUCCAACCUGCAGGUGGCAGUAUAUUUUACAUCUUGAUGUCAAGUUAUAGCUCGAUAAUUUGCAAGUAAUGAAAAGUCACAUUUGUGCAAAUGUUCCAAAAACAUUCAGAGUUCAGAGUGACGCCAAUUUCCUGCAAAGAUUUUAAAUGAGCAAUUUAUUGCAAAAAGAAAUGUACAAAAAAAAAACUCCCCGAAAUCCUGAAGGGAUUGAUCGUUGUGAAAAUCUGUUAAAUAUGAUUUUAUUUGAAGAAGAACUUCUAAUCGUUUGUUUAACAGGUUAAUUGAUAUAUUUCAGCCCUUUAAGAGCAUUUGUGAUGUUAAUGUGACCCAAAAUAAAAACGAGUUUGACGCCACUGUCUGAUGGUGGUUAAAAACAAGAA